GCGACGCGUAUCCGAUUAAUCGACGUGAGCGUUUCGCAGGAUAGUUUGGUGACUCACCUGACGACAAGGGAUCUAGCGAAACAGACGGAGGAUCACCGUAAUUUAUCUGUCACCAUCACAUCUAGCAUUGAGCAUUGAGAAACGUUUCGGCAAAAAAUUGACGUACGUCUGCCUGCCGUCGUCUAGAUGGAUAAUGUGAAUCCAACCUAACGUGAUGACUAUAACAGGUAUGACUAUAACGGGAGUGACAACCGUGAGCACCUCGGUGGAGACGGACCUUCGAUAUAUAUCGACAUAUGGCCGGGUUCGUCUUACGGCAAUUUCCAGUGGCUCGUCUACAUAACGUCACUGGUGAUAGUGGUGUACUUUUAGUAUAUGUGCAUCUUCGAGAAUUUCGACAUGAAUAAUCCUUCGCUGCUUAUAGAUGCGCUGAGCAUAACCCUGAGUAUAGCCCUGGCCUAUAGCGCUUUUGUUGAAAUUGAAUAUUUCACGAGAUCCUGCCGACAAUGGACGAAGAUUAGGAGGCCACAUCAUGGCUGAUUCGCAUAUGUACCUGAUAAUAAUCUAUACCAACCUGUCGCGCCGAUGCUCUAACAUUUUAAUGUCCAUCAACGCUUCAGCUGCUGUCUUCUGUACCCUCGGAGGCCUCGUUCAUCGCUCCGCGAAGAACAAGGGCGAGAACGAUCCUCGUGAGGCGAGGAUUCGAUUUUCCUGUCACAUACACAAAAUGGAAUUCCCAUUCAAGGUUAAUGAGUCCCCCGAUCUACGAAAUCACGACGGUAGUCCAAUUUCUCCACAAAUUAUCGCUCCUCUCUCUGAUCGCGAUGUUAAUUUAAGUUAAUUCGUUAGUUGUUACAUUAGUAGAUUAAUUAACCGUUUUGCUAAUUGUUGUUUAACGUCAAUCUCUAUAAAUGUCUGUAUUGUGUAGCAGAAGUUGAUUAAUUUGCGUGAAAGAUAAGUGAUAAUCGUACAAGUCAAAACGGGAGAAAGAAAGAGGAGAGAAAGAUGUGGUAGAAUAUAUUUUCAACAAACUUAGCACUUGUAAAUUCUUCGCGUGAAUGGUCAGAUCGAAAUAACGCAACAUGACCUAACGAAAAUAUUCUUGGAACGCCUCGUGACCGCCGGAGAUUAAAGUAUUCAUCCAAAAUACCAACGAAUCAUCACACUGUCCGACAAUAUUACAAGGAUCUCUUUCCUUGGAUUCUUUGGAAAAUUUUUAAUUUUAGAUCAACUGUGCAAAGAUUUGGUUCCCACAGUAUAGAUAUCAAUGUAUGUUAAAUUUUGCGGAGCCGCACAUAUAUUUUUGAUUGGAAUGAUUAUUUUAAUUUGUUAUACCUUCAUCUGCGGAUAUGCCUCGCAGUCGUCGUCGACUUUCGUUGAAUUCAACUGCUUGAUUUUCAAGACAAAUCGAUCGGAGAUGCCGCCUACGAGUCCGUCUGGUAUUGUACGAUAUGACAGUCAGUCGAUGUCGAACUCUCUUAUUCGUGAUUGCGAAGUCGCAAAAGAGAUUGACGAUCAUCGCCGGGAAAAUGAUGAAUCUUCCUCCGGAGGAGCUCACCAGUGUAAGGCUCGCUUUUAUACGCGUAUACAAUGUCGCUCGUCGAUAUUAAACGCGUCUCGAAUGAAUUUUAAACUGACUGACUGUGCAAACAAUUUACGAUGUAAGCGACUCCACGACGCUUGCGCCAAUGUGCAUAUCUUCGAUAUGCAUAAGCGAUACUUACAAUAAAAAUAAUUUAUCUUCCUCCGGGUUAUGGAAGUCUUUACUCCGUAUAUAUCGGCAUUGCGCACGAUGCACUGAAAUCCACCAAGAAUUUCGCCGAAACGAGCGGACACAGAUAUCAAUUGACAGAUGGCAAUUCGUUCCUCCGCUAAUGAUGAAACCCAUCGCAGAGAAUGCGAGUAGAAAAACGUGUACGAAAUUCACGUUUCUUGAAAUACGAUAAAUCGAUCAUCUUAAUGACGACGACAAUCUUGAUAAUAUAUAUAUAUAUAUAUAACGCAUAUGCGCGCGCGGUUUUUUGUAUCACCUGUGGAACAGAAAUACAUUUGACUCGGGAGCGUAUCCGUCUGAAUUGCAUGAUUCUUAAUUAUAAACGUGGAUAUUCGAUUAAUAAACUUAAGACACUCAUGACGUAAGCUAACAUGUUUUGUAUAUCUCCGAGUAUAUUAACACAUUUUGCACGUCAAGCUGAUUUUACGAAGACCCUUCCUAGAGUUAUAGAAUUCUUCUUUCCAAUUACCAUCAUUUUUAUCUUUAAACGUCAUUUUAUGUUAAUUAUGUCACCACCUGUGGUGUUAAGCCCACUUUAAAAUAAAACUUGUAAAAUCAAUCAAUAAAGGAAAAGACCCGAAGAAAUUACGAAAUUAAAAAGAGUAGGGCCGUAAUGAGCCAAGCACGGAUUUUCUAGUGCUGUAAAGUGAGAAUUAACAACCUCGUAAAAGAAAACAGAUUAAGAUCUGGAUUAAAAUCUAAAGUAGAAUCUUAAUUGUAACAAAUAAUCAAAAUUUUCGAUCCAUGCCUAUUGAAGAAAGUCUGGACAAGGAGCGAAAGAUUUCCUCGUUUAUUAUAAUAAUAAAGAUUUAACUAGAUUUAUUAUAAUAAUAAAGAUUUGAUUAGGUCAUCAAUUCUCGUUUUAUAGUACUACAGAAUCUGCGCUUCAUUACGGCCCUAUUCUCUUCAAUUUAAAACUUGUACGUUCUACGUGGUAUCGGUCGAAUAAACGUCAUUCGUUUACGAAUGACGCGGCAGUCAAUGUGACAAAGUACAUAAUACCGACGUAAUUAGCGAAUAAAUAGUAAAUAAUGAGCGAGCAAUAAAUAUUUUCUCCCGGCGGGUUCGUUAGAGACACGUGCGCAUUAUUGCCGGUAAUUUCGCGCGACAUUUGAACGCACGAGAGACGGCAACUCAAAGCGCAAGAGCUUACACGACCUUUUCACAUUCCCAUUCCCCCUUUCUGCACCGACGUUCCCUUUUCUUUCGCACACGCUCGCUUCCCGAGUUCCUUUCAAUAGCUGCAUAUCCAAACGGUCGGACAUGCGCGAGAUAUCUCGCUAUGUGCGCACCGUGGACUCUACAUUUUUUAAGCAAAUAACCCGCGUCCCCCUUUCGUGAGACGUCUGAUAUGUAUCUCCACGAAUUAUUCUUCUCUCCCGCCGACAGCAACACAAUAACAACCCGUAAUCAUCGGGAAUACAUGGAGUACGCUUUCUUUCCUGCGCCGCUGCAUUAGGCACGACGGGAGCACGCAUAAUUGCGAUUAAUCGAUAACGAGCGGGUUCUCGGGGUCGACGCAUUGUUACCUCGCGCAGCUCAGCCGCUGUUAUAGCUUUCAGCUCGCCGAAGCUCAUGUUUAAUUUCCGAAUAGCGUCGCUCACUCGGUAAUCGCUCACUUCCGACGUGAGAGGGAGAGGGAGAGAGAUAGGAAGUCAGCCGGGCGAUUCACGCGAGAUAAUGCGCGCGACUUCCAUCAGCACUUCUGUCGAGAUCGGCCUACGCUUUGUCGGGAUCUGGCCGGGCCUGCCGUAUGGAAACUACUCUUGCUUCGCAUACAUGAUGAGUCUGGUGGUCGCGUUGUACUUUCAAUACUCGUACAUCCUCGGCCAUUUCGACGUCGACAACAUCUCGAAUCUCAUCGACGCGCUCAGCAUCACCCUGUCGUACAGCCUCGGCUUCCUCAAGCUGGUCUCUCUCUGGUUGAAUCGCAGAUAAGGACUGGAACGACGCGUCGCAGAUUGAUCGCGAUCCAUCGUUGCUGUGUAUCAUGACCGACAAUGCCAGUCUGUCGAGACUUUGCUCCAACAUGUUGAUCAGCAUCAAUGCCAUCGCUGCGAUGAGUUACGCCAUGACCGGCCUAAUACGGCAGUCGGGCGACUUUAAGGAUGAUCUUAACAUUAGCUCGAGAGAACUCCCCAUCAAAAUGGAGUUCCCUUUCAAGGUCAACGCGUCCCCGUUCUUCGAGCUCUUGGUAGUUGGUCAAUUCCUCCACGAGGUGUCGAUCGCCGCUUUGGUCGCCACGAUAAAUUCCUUGAUCGUCACAUUGGUGCUUCACGUGAGCGGACAGAUCGACAUCUUGCGUCAGGAGCUAUCGAUGAUUCAUUACGACUCAUCUCAGCCGCGCGAAUCAAUCGUCGCCGAUGUAAGACUUUUGAUCGUUCGCCAUCAAAGAAUAAUAACGCUCUCGGACAACAUCGACGAGCUCUAUUCGAGCAUAGCGCUGAUGCAAUUUAUGUCGAAUACCUUGGUCAUUUGCUGCAUCGGCUUCACAAUCAUUGGCUCCCUUGCCGAAAUCGGCGCCGCCAUGAUGUUGAUGAAGACUAUUAUCUUUUACAUCGCCGUGACGCUCGAAGCCUUCAUCUUUUGCUUCUCUGGGGAAUACCUAAGCGCUAAGAGUAAAUCAAUCGGCGAUGCAGUGUACGAGUCGCUCUGGUACAAAAUGACACCUGCCGAAUGCCGGAUUUUAUUGUUUGUGAUACUAAGGUCGCAAAAGAGACUGACGAUCACCGCCGGGAACGUCAUGGAUCUCUCCUUGGAAGGAUUCACGACCGUGAUGAAAGCGUCCGCUUCGUAUAUGUCAGUGCUGCACGCAAUGUAUUAAACUGGAGAGGAUCACGAUCUUACUCAUGCCAAGCACAUCCAUCGUGGUUACUGACGUAUCAGACGGUAACAAGCGUAGCAUUACAUGUAGCCGUUCUAAAGUGAGCUUUUCGAUGAGAAGAAGACGAUUCGUAAGAAAUUGUGUUUUGUUAAAAUAAACGAUUCUAUCCUUCAUGCAAAUUGCGAGCAAUCGACUGUCGUAUUCGCGAACGUCACGGAUGGAGCUUCCGUCUCGUAUGACUUAAGGCCGUAAGAACUUCAUGUCUUGCAAACAGUUUUAUGAUAAUUUCGAGUCUUAGAUCAUUAUAUGACACUUGUGAAUAUACCUCCACUGAAUUACACUCAUCGUUUUCACUUCAAACGGAAUUAGUGAAUUAGUCGAUUUAAUAACAUCAGCGGUUUCUCACGUAGCGAUAUCGCGAUCUAUAUGUACGUAUCGUUCCUCUUCUCUCUCUCUCUUCGUUUUUUUUUACCGAUUUCGUUCAUCGUCCA